GCGUUGGAGUUCGAACUUUGUCCUGGGUGAGCAGAGGGACAAAGACAGAGUAAGGAUUGACAGAUAUUUUGGUUUUGCCCCAUUUUUGGCGUUUUUUCAAGGAUAUUUUAGACCGCGUUACCCCUGGGUCACAGUAAUGGAGCACUAUUCAGACCAGGGUGGUGAAGGGUUAGAACUACUUGAUUUGCUCUUUGAUAAGAAUGACGGCAUCUUACGGCAUGAGACUAUGGGACCACAAAUCGAUCAGCUUUGGCCAGUUCAAGAUCCUCAUAUGAUGAUGCCCGCUCAGGGUAAAAAGGACUUCUUCAAUGCACUUUUAGGUGGGUAUGACUCUGUUUCUGGAUCUCCAGUUUGGUCGCCCUCUCCUAGCGACAGCGGAAUCAGCGAAGAUCCUCAUUCGGAUCACAUCGACAGUCCGCCGCCAACCACAAGCCCUCCUUUGGAGCCUAGCAUCGUUGUAUCCCAGGCGCAACACAAUCUCGACACCAACUUCCCAUUUAAUUUCAAUGGCUGGGAGACUGGCUUCCUCCCAGACAGGGCCGGAGGGAUGCAGCGUGCAUCUGAAACACCACAGGCACAACCGAACACUGGAUUCCCUCUUACUGUCAAGGACCUGCUGCUAUCUGGCACACUAGAGCCUGCCACAAAGGCGACCCAGCAGUCCUACCAGGAGCUGGUUCUCACAGAGGAUGAGAAACGACUAUUUGCCAAGGAAGGACUGACUCUGCCAAAUCAGUUCCUGCUUACCAAGUACGAGGAAAGGAUUCUGAAGAAAAUCCGCCGAAAGAUCCGCAACAAGCAGUCGGCCCAAGAGAGCAGGAAGAAGAAGAAAGAAUACAUCGACGGCCUGGAGAGCAGGAUGGUGGCAUGCAGCACACACAACCAGGAUCUGCAGAGGAAAGUCUUCCAGCUGGAGAAAUGCAACAUCUCCCUGAUGGAACAGCUGCGUCGGCUGCAGGUGAUGGUCAUGAAUGGAGCUAACAAAACGGCCCAGACUGGGACCUGCAUUCUGGUGCUGCUUCUGUCUUUCACCUUGAUUCUGCUGCCCAAUCUGAAGCCCUUCACAGAUACCAAGGUCAGCCAACAUGGAGACUUCAGCCCAUUGAGAGUUCAGUCACGGUCACUGCACAACCUUCAGUCUUCUCGCGUGCUGCGCGCCCUGGAGCAUCCGUUCUCCGCGUCGGAGGACUCCAAAAUGCUCCCACGCUUCUCUGAGGAUAAAAGUAUGGCGGCGAUAGCGUCGCUGCUGGGAGGACUUCACAGGAGACCAGAAUUCACCAAUUACGAUUCUGAAUCUCACAACCACAGUUUAGACCACCAUGACGACCAUCACCAUGGAGACCCCAUCACUGGGCAUGUAGCAACAGUGACCUUGAAUCCACGACGUGGCUCAAGGCAGAGUCCUCAUGCUGAUGAUAUGUGAAGGGCAGAAGGGGAUUUAUCCGGGGAUUUGUCAAAACUCCUUUAACAGCGCUUUUGAAGACAGCAGCCAGCCAACAGAUUGCUGGCAGCUCUUUUUUCUUUCUUCUUUCUGCUGAAGUAAUUUUAAAAGAUACAGUACAUAGCUGCUUAUUUAUAUAUUAUCAAACUUUGGAUAAAAUAACAAGUCCAAUUUUAUCUGUUGAUUUGGAAUGCUGGAAAUGCAUUCGCUCACAUUUUAAGCUUGCCUUAAGCAGAUAAUCUUUACUUUUCGUUAAAAUGCAGUGGGGUCCAAACUAAAUUUUUUAUUUUAAAUAAUAAUUUUUGCGAGAAUAACUGGCUGACUGAGUGUACAUUAUCUUGCUUGUUUAUUUAGGCUACAUGCUAAAGAAACAUGGCAUAUUGAUAUGGAAUAUUUUACAAUCUUACCUGUAAAUCUUCAGCUAUGAAAAAAAAUAGUCCACUAUACAAGGUACAGAACAAUCGGACUAGACGAAUGCUGAAAUAAUAUUGCCGUGGAAAUAUCAUAAUAUUUGGAAAUAUCAGGCUGCUCAAUGAUGUGAUUGACCAAUUAGAACCAAGUAUUCAGAGCGUCAAAAGUUGAAGUAAAAAAGAAUGAAUUCAAAAGUUCAGUGCAAACAAUGAAAUCUGACUAACAUUUUCAAAUGUUAAAUAUUUAAUAUUUAUUUUACUCCC